AUGCUGUUCUUCGGCGGCGGAGUCCAGAGCCCGCGCCGUCGCAAUAAGGAAAAGGCAAUUUUUGUCACAGUUGUCAUCAUCUACGCUCUAUACUUUCUGUUCUUUGCGAAAAAUUCCACCGACCGAGAGUCGGCCGUCUCGGUUCAUCAUCCGGUCCACGAUGAGGGGGCGAACCGGGACUCGCGUUCGGGGCAGGCAUCUCCGUCGCACGACGACAAGAGGAUCGAGAAAGAUAUGGUGGUCGCGAGCAUGAAGAGUGAUAAUACCUCGUGGUUGUUCGAGAAUUUCCCCGACUGGCAUAAGAGUGUCUACGUGGUCGACGAUAAGAAUGCGGAGUUGACCGUGGCGCAGAACAAAGGACGGGAGUCUAUGGUAUAUUUGACAUACAUAAUCGAUAAUUAUGACCAUCUACCCGACGUGAUGCUUUUCAUCCACUCGCAGCGCUUCCAAUGGCACAACGACGAUCCCUACUACGACGGAGUUCCCGUGCUCCGUCGUUUCCAAGUUUCUUAUCUACAAAAGCAAGGCUAUGUCAAUCUGCGCUGUGCGUGGACUCUCGGAUGUCCGUCGGAGAUCCACCCGCACACGGAUACCCACCGUGACGAUGUGCAUGCGGGGGAGUAUUUCAAGAACGGCUUCAUGGAGCUGUUUCCUGGGGUUGACGUACCAGACGAGGUUGGCGUGUCGUGCUGCGCGCAGUUUGGAGUCACGAACUGGAAGGUCCGCGAAAGGCCCAAGAGUGACUAUGUGCGGUUCAGGAAAUGGUUGUCUGAGACGCCACUUAAGGAUGAUCUUAGUGGACGGAUUAUGGAGUACUCGUGGCAUAGUUGGAAGGGCCAGCAGCAAGAUCCCAGUACAGGACUUCCAGAGACCUAA